CAACACAAAAAUAGCAAUGUGGCACACAGCUAUUUUAUACUGAUAUGUGGGUGUUCUUUCUCCUAGAGCUCUCGUGUUAUGGACACUCACUACAGUGAGAAGAACUUGAUAUUCACAAUAGCCAACUUGUUCGCUGCUGGUACUGACACCACAGCCACUACACUGAGAUGGGGUUUGCUGUUUAUGGCCAAAUAUCCACAUAUACAGGACCAGGUCCAGGAAGAGCUGAGCCGGGUGAUAGGAAGCCGUCAGGUCCAGGUAAUUGACCGGAAAAAUCUGCCGUACACUGAUGCUGUUAUCCAUGAGACACAGAGACUGGCCAACAUUGUCCCCAUGUCUCUUCCUCACAAAACCAGUCGAGACGUCACCUUCCAGGGUUACUUUAUCAAAGAGGGAACUACAGUGUUUCCUCUCCUCACUUCUGUCCUGUAUGAUGAGAGCGAAUGGGAGAGCCCACACACUUUCAACCCUUCCCACUUCCUGGAUAGGGAGGGUAAAUUCGUCAGGAGAGAUGCCUUCCUGCCCUUUUCUGCAGGUCGCAGGGUGUGCCUCGGAGAGAGUCUGGCCAGAAUGGAGCUCUUCCUCUUCUUCACCUCCCUCCUCCAGCGCUUUCGCUUCACUCCUCCACCUGGAGUUACGGAGGAUGAGCUGGACCUGACGGCAGCCGUGGGCUUCACCCUCAACCCUUUGCCUCACGAGCUGUGUGCUGUCAGUCGCCAGUGAGGACGGCAGCCAGAGCACGGCAUUAUAUACUGCCUGUGUCAGCGACAUGAAUAUUGUUUUACUCACUCUCACACGGGGCAGCGUUCACAUUUAUUUACCUUGCCGUGCACCACUGCUUUGUGUGCUCAGCAGCCUGCAGAUGUCCCCAUCCUCAUGACCGGGAUCGGUGAACAAAGGCGGAAUGACAUCAAGAGACAGAAGAGCCAUGUUAGUUGCCCGAGAUGCUAAUGGAAAAAUGAAUGGCGGCGACACUGACUAGCCUGCAUGUUGUUUGUAAUUUGUAGAAAUUGGUUUACACAGGUUGAUAGAAUUUGGGUGUGUAUGUUCACUUUUAUAGUGAGAGACUAGCAUAGGAUAUUCCUGUUUCUCAGCCACUGCGGAUGCAUUUUGCAAAUCUGUCAAAGAUAAUUUUACCAGCAAAUGGUAGAA